AUGGAGUCUGCAUCAUCCAAGACCAAAGCUUUAGCUCCUCCGCUUCACGCCUUAGGCUUCGAGUUCGAUGAAUUAACUACGACACGUGUCACAGGUCGUCUUCCGGUUUCUUCAGUCUGCUGCCAGCCUUUUAAGGUGUUACACGGUGGUGUAUCAGCUUUGAUCGCUGAGACUUUAGCAAGUGCAGGAGCUCACAUGGCCUCUGGUUUCAAAAGAAUAGCCGGAAUUCAACUCUCGAUCAACCACUUAAAGAGUGCUGAUCUCGGAGACCUUGUCUUCGCCGAAGCAACUCCUGUAAGCACAGGCAAGACUAUUCAGGUUUGGGAAGUCAAACUUUGGAAAACUACACAAGGAUCAGAGAACAGAAUCUUGACAUCUUCAUCUAGAGUCACGCUUUUGUGUAAUCUUCCUGUCCCUGAUCACCUCCUCAAAGUUGCAUCGGAGCCGCUCAAAUUGGCGGCCAAAUUGUAA